CCUUAUUAUACGCAUUUUCUCCAACACACUUCAAUUAUUUCUUUAUCUUUAGAUUCCAUUCAAUUCAGACACGCACUCCAAUUCUCUGUUUUUCACUACCAAAACUCCAAACCCCAAAACCCCUCAAUUUUCGCCGCAAAUUCCCCCAAAACACCAUGACAAUCCAAGCAGAAACCCACCAAAUCAAGAAACACAAACACCCCUCAAGAAAACACAGCAAGAAGAAAGACAGCGUUACAGUUUCAGUAAACGAGAAAUCCCCACUGAUUCCCAAGAAAAAAGGCGCUCACAAUGAGUUUAAUGGCGCAUCCAUGUCGGGGGCUGUUAUGAACCUUUCCACCACCAUCAUUGGCGCCGGAAUAAUGGCACUUCCGGCCACCAUGAAGGUCUUGGGCCUCGGCCUCGGUAUCGCUGUCAUAAUUCUUGUUGCAGUCUUGUCGGAAGCCACCGUCAGAAUCUUGCUAAAGUACAGUCGACCCGGUGGCACAGAUUCGUAUGGCGGAUUAAUGGGGGAUGCGUUUGGGGAAGUCGGGAAGAAGAUGCUUCAAGCUUGUGUGGUGAUUAAUAACAUUGGUGUUCUUGUUAUCUACAUGAUUAUCAUCGGUGAUGUGGUGGCUGGAUCAUCGUUAAACGGGGUGCACCACCCUGGUUUAUUGGAAGGGUGGUUCGGACCACACUGGUGGACUGGAAGAAUUCUUGUUCUUUUACUCACAACUCUUUGCGUUUUUGUUCCAUUAGCAUCUCUCAAGCGUAUGGAUUCACUUAGUGUUACAUCAGGUUUAGCAGUUGCACUAGCGGUGGUUUUCUUAAUCAUCACUGCAGGAAUCGCAAUCUUUAAAAUGGCAAGUGGGACCCUCCAAAUGCCAAGAUUACUUCCAGAAAUCACCGAUGUUAACUCGGUUUGGAACCUCUUCACUGCAGUUCCUGUUCUUGUUACUGCUUAUAUCUGCCAUUUUAAUGUGCAUUCGAUUGGAAAUGAGCUUGAAAACCCUUCUCUUAUCGAACCAAUUGUACAGAUUUCAUUGGUGUUAUGUACGAUUGUGUACAUAAUGACUAGUUUCUUUGGGUUUAUUCUCUUUGGUGACGCGACAAUGGGAGAUAUAUUACAAAAUUUUGACUCUGAUUUGGGAGUUCCUUUUAGUAUCGAGCUUAAUGAUAUUGUUCGUGUGAGCUAUGCUUUACACCUCAUGCUUGUUUUCCCACUUGUGUUUUAUGCACUACGACUUAAUACAGAUGGGCUUUUUUUUGGAUCAUCUGAAGUGCCUUUGGAAUUGGACAACAAGCGAUUUGCUAUUGUUAGUGUAGGUCUUCUUUCGGUUAUAUAUUUGGGUGCAAAUUUUAUACCAAGUGCAUGGGAUGCGUUCCAGUUUACAGGAGCAACUGCUGCUGUUUGCAUUGGGUUCAUCUUUCCUGCAUCAAUUGCUAUAAGGGAUGUUUAUGGAAUAGCAACGAAAGGAGAUAAGAUUUUGGCUGUUUUGAUGAUUUGUAUAGCUGUUUUUGCGAAUGUGGUGGCCAUAUAUAGCGAUGCUUAUGCUUUGUUCAAGAAAACCCCGUCUACCCGUGCGUGAUUUUACGUAACCAAGUCGGGUUUGGGUCGCAAAACGGUUCGAGCGAAGCUUUGUAUAAAUGAUUGUUGUAUUUGAAGGUGUUUUUGUUAAGUGUAAGAGAACUCAUUUGAACUCCAAAUAUGUAAAAUAAGUUGUAAUAUCAUAUCAUUACAUUCAUAGGCUUGUGCCAUGAAUAUUUGUUAA